UCCUCCUCCUCCUCGUUUCGCCUUCGAUAGUUCAUCCUUUAGUGGGGAAGCAAUUUGGCGACGGAUGAUGCAUUCUGCCACAACCCCCUCGCGAGCUCCGAUCAUAAGGUAAGAGGACGCGUUGAUUGCCGUCGAUGUCUCGAAAUCUUUUGUACCAUGUGUGAGGGUUUGAUGAUUUGGUACUAACGCAGUAAUUUGAAUGAUACAUAGUGCUGUUUCUUUUUUGUAGCAUAUAUUAAUGCACCCAAUUUUUCCUAUUAGAUGUCAUCUGUAAGAGAUGAAUUUUCCUGAUUUUUAUUGAACGGAAACUUCGGCAUUAUUUCUGUAUUAGAGAUACGACUUGUCACAAGAACAGGAAGGAAAAAGAAGGGGGGAAAAUUAGGUUGCCACUGCUCUCAUAGCUUUCUCUUGUUGCCAAGAUUUUGUUGUUCUGAUAGGGUUUUGUCUUCGAAUUAAGAACAAGUGCCAGUAGGGAGUAUGCAUGGAUUCCCGGUAAACUGCCUUUUCCCAAUUUUGUGAAGUUGCGAAGAAUUAUGACGAAAAGUAGUCCCCUUUCUGCAAAGUUUGGUUUGAGUCUCAGAAACGAAGCGACGGGAAGAGUGGAACACACGGUGGGUGACAAUGAUGCUGUGAUCAUUGUGGACCAUGGAUCUCGACGAUGAGUUCGUUGCAAUGUUCAAAGCUAGAACUGGUUAUCACAUAGUGGAGCCUGCUCAUAUGGAAUUGGCUGAACCAUCAAUCAGGGAUGCAUUUAAGUUAUGUGUGCAAGAAGGAGCAAAGCGUGUUAUUGUCAGUCCAUUUUUUCUUUUCCCAGGACGACAUUGGCAGCAGGACAUCCCUUCUUUAGUAGCUGACGCAUCCAAAGAACACUCAGGCAUAUCCUAUGUCAUAACAGCACCUCUUGGGCUACAUGGACUUUUGGUGGAUGUGGUGAACGAUCGAAUAAAUCACUGUUUGAGCCACGUAGCUGGCGAUGCAGAUGAGUGUACUGCAUGUGCUGGAACAGGAAAAUGUCGUCUUUACCAACCAUGACAUAUGCAUUUUGCAACCAGUUAAAAAGCCGUUGCUUUGGAUUCAAUUGGUUUUCCAAAGCUUGCAAUUUGCUUUUUCUUGACGCAUGUAAAUGAUAAUAUUUAUGUCAUCAAUCUGUUUAGAUAUCGA